AUGUCUCUCCUGAUAGUCUUUCUUUCUUUCUUUCUUUCUUUCUUUCUUUUUUUCUUUCUUUCUUUACAAUGUGGGUCUUUAUUUUUCUUCUAUUCUCAGUAUACCUCUUUAUUUUCCUUCCUUCCUUCCUUCCUUCCUUCCUUCCUUCCUUCCUUCCUUUCUUUAUUUAUUUACAAUGUGCGUCUUUUUUUCUUCUAUUCUCAGUAUACGUCUUUAUUUUCCUUCCUUCCUUCCUUCCUUCCUUCCUUUCUUUCUUCUUCACAUUAUUCGUCUUUAUUCUCCGUUCCUCAAUAUUCGUCUUCAUUUUUCUUUUUUAGUCAGUAUUCGUCUUUCUUUCUUUCUUUCUUUACAGUCUUAUUUAUUUUUCUUUUAUUCUCAAUAUUCGUCUUUCUUUUCCAUCUUUUUUUCUUUCUUUCUUUUUUCUCAAUGUUCUUCUUUAUUUUUCUAUUAUUGUCAAUAUUCGUCUUUCUUUUUCUUCUUCCUUUUUUCUUUCUUUUUUUCUUUCUUCCCAAUGUUCGUCUUUAUUUAUCUGUUAUUCUCAAUAUACGUCUUUCUUUUCUUUAUUUUUUUCUUUCUUCCCAAUUUUCGUCUUCAUUUUUUUAUUUUGCUUUUAGUGUUCAUUUCUCUCUUUCUUUCUUUCUCUCUCUCUCUUUUCUUUUCUUUUUCUUUUUCUUUUUAAUAUUCAUCUUUCUUUCUUCUAUGAAUAUUUGUCUCUCUUCUAAUGUUAGUUUUUCUUUUCCUCUUAAUGUACGUCUUUCUUUCUUUCUUUAUCUAUUUCUUUUUCACCGUGCCAAUAUUCACUUUGAUGUCUAUCUUUUUCUUCCUACUUUUCUUUCUUCCUCUUUCAUUGCUCGAAAAUAA